AUGCUGCCCUUUUUGGCCGGAUGCUGCCGGACUGUGACGGAAGCCGGGGCCCUGGAAAAGGGCCCGAUUACUAGCAGCGUGCAGCUGACGGUCUCGCCGAUGCUGGUUGACGGCGCCCAGGCCAACGCCCAGCUCAAUCAAUCGGUCGGGAUCUGGCCCGUUGGCGCUAACCCAGCGAGGCAGGUGGUUUACGGGGAAGAUGGGGGCAGGUCAGAGCAUUGGCUUGUUUUAUUGGAGGACCAGCAGGGCAAUCAGCCUGACUCGCCACCAAGCUUCACACCACAGUCCAAUCGGCCCCGUUUCAACGUGCUGCUCGCCCGAGAAGGACCGGAUCGAUUGGCCAAUGGACAGACGGAAGACCACGCGUGA